CUCUGUCCAUUGUGAGCUCACUGUGCAGAAACUGAAACUGGAUUCAGACUGACGACAUGGGAGUCACACAUGGAAAGAAGAGAGAUCUUCAACAUCCUCCAGAGACGCACCUGAACGAUUCUGUAAUGCAGACACACAAACUUGAACAGCAAAACAGAUACUGGGAGCUUCAGGCUUCCCUGUCCCAACUACAGAGUGAGGAGGAGAGCAGUAAUCUCAUCAGACCCCAAAAACCACUCAAUCCUUUAACAGCCUCCAAGAGCCACCAGGAGCUCCACAAAGAACUGCGGAUGACCCACCAGAGCAGAGUGCAUCAAGAAAGAAAGACUGAACUCCAGAGGGCUUUAGAAAAGAGAAAAUGGGAACAAAGAGUGAAGGCGAGCAGGGAUCAGGAAGAAGCGAAGAGGAACAGAUCCCCACUUAAUCAGGAACUGCUAAAAAGACAACAGAGGCUAGAAAAGCUUGAGAGACACAAGGGACAACAGCGAGAGGGCCCAGAGUUCCUCCAAGUCAAAGAGAGACUGAGAAGAACUGCAGUGUUGGAUGGAUGAGGAAAAGAAGUGUGAACGUUUUGAGUGUACGUGCAUGUGUUGUGUUGAAAGUCAGCACAACGGACUGUUGGGAAUAAGUGACAGAGUGCAGAGACUGAUCUUCACUGUUACUGGUAACAUAACCAGAUAAGAUGAAGUAAGACAUGUGGCAGCGGAUGGUCCCAGUGAUUAAAUGGGCAAAGGUGAAAAAGGUAAAGUACAUUUAUCUUUAAGAAUGAAGGAUCACAUAGAUGAGAAAUAAAUGACUGAUUUAUCUUUAUAUUAAGACUUCUGGAUUGUGAUGUGAUGACAACAGAAAACUGGAAUACGUAAACCCAGUAGAUGCAUACGUAUAUUUUUUUUCAUUUUAAAGUCAAUUUCACACAGUAAUGUGUUACUGUUUUCUGAUUAAAAUGUCUGUAAUGACUCAUAGUACGCACAAUUUUAAUGUUGUCAGUAUAAUAAGAAGUGUCAACGUUUUUUUAACACAAUUUUAUGAUGUAUUUUUGGGUAUUCAUUUUACCCUGUGAAUAUCAUUGUUAUAUGUGAGGUAUAAUUUAUGAUGUUGAGAAGUGUAGUAUAAUACAUUAGUCAACAAUCGGAUCCAUUCAUCUAUCAAGGUGAAUGAUGUGCAAAGAGAAUUUAUUAGAGAUUACAA